GUUGCUAUUUAAGUUGCAGAUUUUUGCAGUGUUUUGGGGAGCUUAUGGCUAUCAACUCAUCCCCAGGAUUGAAGAGUGUGGACUGACAUGUUCUCAGGGAUUUCUUUGCAGAACACAGACUUCUAGUGGUAUUCUUAGCAGCUUCUGCUAUCCUGCUGCUGCCUCUCUCUCUCCUGUCACCCUGAGAAGCAUGAAGCUGUGGACUGUAAUGAAGUGUGCAGGACAAAGGCAAUGCUCUCUCCUCUUAAGUGUUAAGGGGACACUACAUCUCGAGGAAAAUAUCCGUGGCAUGGAAAUUUGUUAUCUCUCAAUGGAAACGCAGAACUCUCAGUGUGUGAGAGUGAAGAUCUCGAAGGACAUAAAUGUAAAAUCUGCUGUAAGGAAGGUGAAAGUGCAGUUUAACUGCUUUGAGGUCAGUGCAGGACAACAUCUCCAUGUGACCAUGAGGACAAUUCCAAAUUACUGCGGAGUUAAAAAGGAUCAAGAAUAUUAUGUUGAAGAUUGCAGAAACAGUGAUGUGGAAGAAAAUAUUCCCGUCUGUUUUGUUCCGGGCAUCAGAAUUGUUUAUGACGUGGACAGAGCAAGAAAAACCAUUUUGGUGGAUAUUUCAGGGGCUGUUCAAGGCACAGAUUAUUAUGUUCGCCUUUGCCACCAGUGGUUUCUUUGUGAAGAUGUGGGUCCAGUCACCUUGGUACAAGGGAAGGACUUGGUGAAACCAGUUUCUUUACAGUACUCUCAGUUGUUGCCUUGUCUAUGUAUCGAGGCAUGGCCAGCGAUUUCCGAUGCACAGAGAACCCAAUUGUGCCCAUUUAAAAAUGAUACCAAGGCCCUGUGGGACAACGUUAUUUAUAAUCCCAACACACAAACACUGGCAUGGGAAGCAGCCUGUCCUGUCCACGUUACUGUCAGCCUUUGUCAGCUCAUGAAGACUAAUGAUCAGUGCGUUGAUUUAGAGAACACGGCAAAUAUCGCUGCAGAGAAGGUAAAAUAUUCUCGAGUUGAUGCACAGCCAAACCUUUGCAUGAAGUUUGCAACUAAACACGGUUCCUGGUUUCGAUGCCCAUUUGCUCAUGGAAAUACCCAAGCUUGGGAAAUGAAUCUUGCGGUGAUGGACGAAUGGAUAGAAGUUUCCUUCAUGUCACAAGCUGCCGAGGCAGAAUUUUCCGUUCAAGUGUGCAACAAGACAGAGGCGUCUUUAUGCAACUCUACUGGAAUCCACCAGCCCAUCUCAGUGGCUGGCUUGAGUUCAACGUAUGUCAACAUUUCAGGCAAAUUGUGUGGCUCAGACAUCUGCAUUCAGGGACGGAGGACAGAUGUAGACUAUUCCAUUCCUUCACACAUCUGUGAUUUGCCCUGUAUUUCUGCUACUCGGAGUCAGGAACGUGACGAAAAUUCCUUAAGCAUCCCAUCUCUAAUAGCAUUGCUUGUGUUGACUGUGACCAUGAUGGGCCUCCUGGGACAUAAACUUUUAUCAGGUACGAAUCCAUGUAAACAAAGCAUGUAACCUAAGUAUGUCAUGAAUUCACACA